AUUUGUUAUAAAAAAUCCUAUCAUCAUAAUAUUAUUAUGUUGUGUUUAAAUUUUCAAUAAGAUAAUUUACAUGUUAGCUGUAAGUUUAACACAGUGAUCUUUAGUUUCAAGGUUUUUUACAACGAUUCUACACCAUAUCGAAUGGCCUAAGGAGUAAGAAAUAAUUAUGAGUUCUAUACCAGAAAACGCUCCAAAUCACUGUCCUGGGCCUCAGAGUGAAGAAGCGGGCAAAGUAUCUGCCUGUGCUGGUUGUCCAAACCAAAAUGUUUGUGCAUCAGGUCCCACUGGCCCGGAUCCUGCUAUAGCUAUAAUAAAGGAAAAACUAUCAAAUGUGAAGCAUAAAAUCCUUAUUCUAUCCGGAAAAGGUGGAGUUGGCAAGAGUACUGUAACAUCUCUGCUUGGGAAUGCAUUGGCCGCAUCUAACCCUGACAUCAAUGUGGGGAUUCUGGACGCGGACAUUUGCGGGCCCAGCCAGCCGCGUGUGCUGGGCGUGCGCGGUGAGCAAGUGCACAACUCCGGGUCGGGGUGGUCACCGGUGUACGUGAAGGACAACUUGUCACUAAUGUCUAUCGGAUUCUUGCUGAGCAGUCCCGAUGACGCGGUUAUUUGGCGCGGCCCGAAGAAAAAUGGGAUGAUAAAGCAGUUCUUGAGUGAAGUGGAUUGGGGUGACCUUGACUAUCUUCUGAUCGAUACGCCACCAGGCACUUCGGAUGAGCACCUGUCGGCCGUGCAGUACCUGCGCGGCGCGGGGUUGCGUGGCGCCGUGGUCGUUAGCACGCCGCAGGAGGUGGCUCUGCUGGACGUGCGCAAGGAGAUCCAGUUCUGCCGCAAGGUGGGCGUGCCCGUGCUCGGCCUCGUGGAAAAUAUGGCACUGUUCGUGUGCCCCAACUGCAAUAGUCGUAGCGAGAUAUUCCCGGCCACUACUGGAGGCGGUGCGCAGCUCUGUGAGGAGAUGGGCGUGCCACUGCUGGGCUGCCUGCCGCUCGACCCGCUCCUAGCCCGUUGCUGCGACACCGGCGCGGACUUCACGCAGCACGCGCCUAACUCGCCCGCGCUGGCGCACCUGCGCUCCAUCGUGCAGAAGAUCAUUGCAUCUUGCGAAUCAUCGAGUGGACAAGAGACGUCGAGCUAAUCUUCUGCUGAUAAAAUAUAUUGUUAUAUUAUUGUAUUUUAAUAGAUGACCUAGUCAAAUAAGAUAUCUACUAAAUGUAAAAUAAAAUUAUGAUUAAAUAACAUUGUACGUU